UCGAGGAGGACGAAGAUGGAACUGGGUAAUCAAUUUUCAAGUCGUGUUUUUUCCAGUUUGUUCUAAUCAAUUAAAGCUUUAGCUUGUUUGUUUUUGUGGUUUAAUUUGGAAUUUCUUUCGGGUCUUAAGAUACUCUAGAAUGGUCCAAGUGAGGGAUAGAAGAGAGGGGAAGAUCUCGGCGAGAAUAGACCGGGUGGAAGGUAUUUGUGAGAAUUGGAUUUGUGCUUUUGUUCUUGAUUGUUUUGAAUCAUUUUGUGUUUUUUUUCUUCUUUUGUUAAAUGUUUUGUGGCUUUGAUUCCGACCCUGGACUUUGAGGUAUGAAUUGUGAAGACAAUACAUAUGGUUUGAUGGUUGAAAUAUAGAAUUGUGAUUCAAUUCGAAUGCUUUCUUCCCAUGAUCAGUUUAUAUAGAAUUGGGAAAAAAAUUGUAUCCGCAAAAGUUGAAUUCACAAAAGGUGCCUACGUUUGUGUAUGAUUUGAAUGAUUCGGGCAAAAGGUGUGUUCAAAUGUGUGUAUUAUGCAUAAUAGACAAGAUGUGAGAUAUUAUGAUUUAGGGAGAGAGAGGAAAAUAAAGAUGCAGACUUGAGUGUAGUAUGAUGCAUAAUAGACAGAGUUAGGAGAGUGGUAUGAUGCAGACUUGAGUGUUCAGAAGGUGAAAUUAAACAAAAGAUGCCUACCUUUGUGUAUGAUUUGAAUGAUUUGGGCAAAAGGUGUGUUCAAAAGUGUGUAUUAUGCAUAAUAGACAAGAUGUGAGAUAUUAUGAUUUAGGGAAAGAUAGGAAAACGGCUUUCAAUCUGGCAGUUGGAAUGAAACUGGUUUCAUUUUGAAAUCAAUAGUUUUUAAUGUUUUAUGUUUAGUGGCACUGUUCAAUCUGAUAUUUGAUGUUUCUUUGUGUUCCACUGGUGAUAAUGUGUUUUUUUUUUUGUUUUGGUUGUGCAGGUUCUAUGAAAACGAUUAUUUGUAUUGAUCAGUUGCUGCUUUUCUUGGUCUGUAUUGAGAUUGGUCAUUGUUUAGGUAUGUUGGUGAUUAUUUUGAUAUCAGUAACAGUGUGCAAUCGGAAUUUGAAAGUGCUUUGAACUUGGAUCAUAAAGGAUGGUGGAUGUGGCUGCUGCUGGUGCGGGGAACGCAAGAAAGGAUCCAAAUUUGAUCCCACCACCUCCUCCAACCAUUCCACCCAAUGUGAAGCCAGGAGUUCUGACUUCUCCCAAGUAUUCUAUUACGAGUAGGAAACAAUUGCUUGCAAACCACUUCAAAGUCACUGUGAAAGCUCCAGAUUCUGUAUUCUACCAAUAUUCUGUUCAUACUACUUCUGAAAACAAGAAGGCCGCUCAAGGCAAGGGAAUUGGCAGAAAACUGGUUGACAUGCUCUAUCAAACAUAUUCUUCUAAACUUGCUGAUAACAAGUUUGUGUAUGAUGAAGAGAAAGCUCUAUAUACAGUUGGUCCUCUUCCGCAGAACAAGCUUGACUUUACAGUUCCCCUGGAGGAGACAUUUGCAAAGAGACAUUCGAGAGGCAAAACCAAAAAUUCCAAAAAGAAAAGCAGAAAGCUUAUUCGGCUGAUUUCAUUCUGAUACUCAAUCUAACUUCUUGGCAGAAGCAGAUAUUCCAGAAGGAAUUCAAGAAGU